GCUUCACUCAAGAGGCUAAUUAUGCUGGACACACCUACAGAGUGCAUGUGAUGUCAUGUGUCAUUGGAUUCAUUAUAAACUAGAGCACAUGCCACUUCAGAAGUGUUUGAGUCAAGUGCUCAACAGAGGCAGAGCUGACCUAUGGCUGACCAGAAUGGUUCCUCUCUAGAGUUCAGCUUCUUGUACUACCAAACCAUCACGCAACAGAUAGAUUUCACAGCAAUAAUAAAAUCAUCUGUUGUGCUGUCCACCAGCCUGUUCUUCAUUUCUCUGAACCUCAUCAUGUUCAUUGCCAUGUGCAGUAAACCCAGCUUCCGUGAGACUUCCCGCUAUCUUCUAUUCAGUCAGAUGCUCCUUGGUGACUCCAUCCAUCUGGGAUUCACCACAUUGCUCUACUCAUUUAAUCUGAUUAACAUCACACUCACGAAGGUCCUCUGCUCCAUGAUCGUCCUGGUAAGCAGCACAACUUUCCGCAUCUCCCCCCUGACGUUGGCUGUCAUGUGUCUGGAACGCUAUGUGGCCAUUUGUUUCCCACUCCGACACACUGACAUCGCCACCCCCAGGAGAACCAAUAUUGCCAUUGCAGUGGUCUGGUUCCUGGGCUCUGUGAACUCUGUGAUUGAUGUUAUAUUUUUAAUAGUUAGAGAUACCCAGUUCCUCACGAAACCCAUCUACUGCACUCGGGAGCAAAUUUUUCUGGCCAAAUGGCAGUUUGAUGUGUUCCAGAGCUUUAACGGUGUCUUUUUUGUUGCCGUGGGGAUCAUCGUCAUCGGCACCUACACAGGCAUCAUGAUCGCAGCCCGGUCCAUCAAGGCCAAAAAGGCCAGCAGGACGGUUCUCCUUCACCUGGUCCAGUUGGGCCUCUGCCUCUCCUCCUUCCUGUUCAGCAACAUCGAGAGAGCCCUGUCUACAAUCAGCUCAGCCCUCUUUAUCCACCUGCGCUACCUAAACUUCUUUCUCCUCGUCCUCCUGCCCCGCUGCCUGAGCCCCCUCAUCUAUGGACUGAGGGACGAAGGAGUUCGUCCCCUCUUCCUCUGCUAUCUCUGUUGUGGUCACAGGAGGAUCACACCAGCUACAAAACAUUAACAAAGGCCUGUCAAAAGCAAGAAAAAAAUACAAAGGAAGUUUUAUAGAAAUUAAUUAAAUUUAAUACGGUUCAUUUACGGUUAUUGAAACUAUAGUUCCAGUGCUGUAGGCGGGGCACCAUCUAUCUUGGGGGGCGAGGCAGUUUUUGUUCUCCGCGUUUCAUCUUGAGUGUGUUUGUCUUACUUUUGCAAAGAACUGUGGACCCAGUGAGCAAAGACUGGUAGUUUUUUUUGAUGCAGAAACAGCGCAGCCCAGCAUCUUCUCCUUGGCUUGUUUUUCGGAGGUAGCAUUUCUGUCUUUUUAAUUUGUUCUCUGUUUACUUGCUUGCUGUUGUGCUUAAAUAUGUGUAUCUUGAAGUGAA